GACCCAAUGAAGUUUGCCAUUCAGUGCUUUGAUCGCUGCUCUCAGCUGCCUGCAAAGAACUUCAAAUUGAUUCAAGAUGGAGAAAAGAUUUGGAAGGAAGUGGCUUCAGCUGUUAUGGAGCCCUGUGUAAAUACUAUUUUGAAGCAUCUUGUCCAUGCUGCUGCAAGUCCUACAGCAGUUGAAGAUGACUUGUGGGCAGAUUUUGUCCAAUCAGGCCAAUCAGAGGGUCCAUCCCAGUAUUUCCUGUCGAGUCUUGGAGGCUGGUCAAGCGAUGGAGUGACAGUUUCUGUAGAACUUCUCAACAGACUGCUGGAAAAAGGCAAAGAGGACCCAGAAGUGAAAGAGACAUUUGUUGAAAUGAUAACAGUCGGAGGGAAGCAAGUUGAAAGAGUGAAAAGGAUAAAUGAGAUCACACUGGAGUGCAAAUGUAUUUUCAGAGGAUUGGAAACCCUCCUUUCUUUGCCUGUUAUGGGUGACUUCCUGGCUGAAGCUCUUGAGAGAGAGCUGGACACUGGAAUAAACGAGCUGGGUGUCUUCUUCCAACACAAAUCGCUGUUCUCGUCCUUCUUGGCAACCUCUACAAUGGAUAUUAAAAUAGACAAGAAGUCGCGUUCCUCCAUUUGUUUUGUCGAGCUGCCUCACUUCCCGCAGGCCUUCCGUAGCGACGUUGAUCAACUUCAAUCUCAAAUCAUGGAUGGCAUUCAUUCUUGCCAGAAUGUUGUUUACAAGGCUCUUGUGAAGCUGCUGAAAACUGAUAAUCGAGACAGCGCAAUAGCAUGGCUGGCCGGGGUUGUCUCACUCAAUGAUCUGAGACUGUCAGCAAACUUGCCUAGAGAUAACUUGAUGAAGGCAACAGUGGCCAACGAUGGUUUUAUGGUGAAUCUUUGCUCAGUGGCUCUUCAGAUGUGUGAUUCGUUCCUCCUGACCAAAGGGAAAGAUAAAUACAAACAGAUUGAAGCGCUUUACUGCACCUCCAAAGCUUGCCGUUUAAGAUUCACGAACGAGCGAACGCUGGCUGGUGGACACAUUGGAACAGAGAAUGAGGACAGAACGGAUCUCCGUAGUGUGCUUUUGCCCUCAGGAGACCUUAAAGGUCAGUUCAAACUGAUAACAGAGAUGUUUCACAUCACGCACCGCGCGCUUCAUAUCGGACUCACCACUACCAUUCAACACUAUAACAGAAUCAUGAGACAGUACACGAUGUUAUCUGAAAUGAAGGAGGGCAGCUCUUUUGAAGCGGAAACGAAAAAAAUGCUUGUGCUAUUCGUACUUCAAUGGAAUACUUGUCUGGAGGACGACCACUUCAUGAGGCUGUGUUCAGAGUUUUACAUCACAAGCGCCGCCUGGCUUCUUCAUCUUCUUGACAGCUGUGCUUCUGAGUAUCAGGGUUUGUCUGAAAACGAAAUCAGAGUCAGGCAGCGAGAGAUACUUGUGAAUAUUCCCGAGUUCUACGUCAAAGACAUGUGUUCUUGGUUUAGUUUCGUCGCCGCACAUAAACCUGGCGCUCUUAGGGGGUUGGACAUCUGCAUUUUCGUUGACUGCUGUUGUGCUCUUAUGGAACGGAGAGACAUCAUGCCCGGACCAGUGGCAGCCACGAGAACUGUGACAGCUUUGUUGUCAUUUGCUGAAAUAUGCCAGAGAUCUAAAGGGAAGAACAAACUGUUGGAGACAACUACAUGGGGAAGCGGUAUCGAAGGUGACAUGGUGGCCUGCGUUGCUAUGUGCCCAGCGGUGAGAGAAAAACUCGGUCCAGCUCUUAUUCAUACUUACUCUUCGGUUGACAUCGUGGAGGGCCUGGACGUGGACAAAGAAGAGUUUGACAAAUUUUCUGCCAGGUUUGAAAUUGUCAAGUUAUUAGAAAAGCUAUGGAAGAGACCCGACUGUUUACCUUCGAUUUUACAAGAAUGUGGAACGGAAAGUUUUCAGUCAUUCUUAGGUGCUGUGUUUGACACUCUUCUUUACGUUUUGAAAGAUGGCUUGCUCCGCCUAACAAAUGUUAGGAAACUUCAGUGUGCCAAGCAGUGUGAUGAAAAGUGGAAGGAGUUAAGUGUAGAUCAGCGACAGGAGAAGGAACAUUUUUUGAAAAGCGAAGAGCACGUUUCGAAAUCCUGUAUGCAAAUGGCGAAUGCAACCUUAGCUUUUCUGGAGAAGAUCACAGAAGAAGAGAAAGUGGCUCGCUGCUUCUCCCGUUCUCCAUUGUCACUCAGGGCUGCAGCAGCGAUAAUUGGAUUUUUGGACUCAUUGUGCGGCCGCAAGUGUAUGGAUUUGAAAGUCGAAAACAUGGAUAGGUACUCGUUCGACCCUCGUGACUUACUGGUUAAGAUUUUGACGGUGUUAGUGCGCAUGUCAAAUGCUAGUGAGGAGAGGGAAUUUGUGAAAUGCCUUGCUGCUAACCCAGACUACAGCAGGCUCAGCGUCGAGCGAGCUUUACGUGUUGUUCAGCGCGAGAAUCUCGCUCCAGACUUCGUGGUCGAAGACUUGAGACGAAUUGUACAAGAGGUGAGCUCAUUGUUGGCACGAGAAGAUGAAAAUUUCUCUGUGUGGGAGAUCGAAACAAACACAGACGAGAAUGGACUAGAAGAACCACCCGAGGGGGGUGGGAAUGGACCUUGUGCACCGGAUCCUUGUGACCCAAAACAGGCUGAUCAAGCCUAUAUCGAAACACUUGAAUCAAUCAAGUUUGAAGCAGCCGAGCUGGUGGAUUGUCAUGCCUUCCGGUCCUGUGCUAGUCAGCCCAUGUGUCCCAGGUCUGGUAAAGUGCGGGCUCUUAUGCGUGAAGCAACUCAACUGAAAAACAACUUGCCGAUCCAUCCAAAUUCUUCUAUACUUGUCAGGCAGGAUGAGAACCGUAUGGAUUUUGUCCGUGCUCUUAUCACCGGCACGGUAGAUACGCCUUACAGUCGAGGCUGCUUUGUGUUCGAUAUCUACUUUCCGUCUUCAUAUCCAGUUGACCCACCUUUGGUGAAAAUCAUCACAACUGGUAAUGGUACAGUCAGGUUUAACCCGAAUCUCUACGCAGAUGGAAAGGUUUGUUUAAGUUUGUUGGGAACUUGGCAUGGUGGAGAUGCAAGUGAGAAGUGGGAUCCAAAGAAGUCUUCUCUCUACCAGGUUUUGUUGUCAAUUCAAGGCAUGAUGUUUACUCCUGAUCCGUGUUUUAAUGAACCUGGUUACGAAGGCAUCAAAGGAACCGACGAGGGAGACGCUCUGUGCAAAGAGUACAAUGCAAAAAUCAAACUUCACACAAUACGUCACGCCAUGGUUGGGCAGCUACGUGAACCAGCACCUGGGUUCGAAGAAGCCAUUCGUACUCACUUCCGUCUUCAGAAAGAGGCUGUUUUGAGGCAGUGUGCUGAUUGGCUCACGCAAUGUGCUGAUGCUGAGGAAGAAAGACGCAUGCGCAAGGCCGUGGAUACGUUAAAAAGCGAACUCGAUAAGCUGUAGAGAAGAGGAGAGGGGAAGAAAAGUGAAUUCAAAUGCUGACCGUGUGAAUCUCUCGGCUUCGCAAGAUACAUAAAACCACGUUUGGUUUAGUUCUUUUUCGGAAAGGAGAACGAACGCGUAACACCUCACAAGUUACCUACUUUUCCAGUGCAGCAUAUUUUAGUUUUAAAUUGUGACUUCCAUGCAAUUUAUUUAUUGUAAUGUCUGAUGUCAAGCGCGGCUAAGGUCGGGUAUCCAUCUCAUUCCCACAAAGAGAGAGAAAGGGUGGAAUAAUAUCCCUUUUUGCUUAAAUUAUUUGAAACCAGGAACAAGAAUCUGUAUUGUCUUUCUGCUUUGUUUGCCUUUAGCUUUGACCGAGGUGUGACCACAUUGUUGUGGCGAGUGAUGAAAAAUAUUUCACUCUAAAAGCGUAGUUAAAAUGAGAUUGUAUUUUAAGGGUAAAAGGUUAUAUUCAUAAUAGAAAUUGAAUAAUUAGCAAUAAAAUACUUUUAGCGGGAAUAAA